AUGGAAGAGCAUAUUGCAAGAAGAGAAGAGGCAUUGAGAAAAGCAAAGGCCAUUAUAGCAAAGUCUGACGAUGUUUCAGAGGAGUUGUUGAGGAAGAUCUUGAUUCACCAAGAGCUCCUUUCAAACAAAGACAUCAUUUUGAAUGAUGACUUCUACUCAAUUCUGAACAGUAGGAUUAGUGUCCAUCCGGAAAUGGUCGAGCUGAUCAGUAGGAAGGAACGGGUUGAAUGUGUUAGGAUGGAGAGGAAAUUAAUAUGCCCUAUUAGCCAAAAGGAAGUGGUUGAUCCGUAUAUCGGGGAAUGCGGCCAUGCACUGGAGAAGAAGGAAGCCAUGAAGUAUAUCAGAAGCAAUCCCAGGGCUGUCUGCCCACAGAUUGGAUGCAACAAGAUACUUGUGAAGAAAAAAAGAUGA